AUGAAUGACAAACCAGUGCCGCAGCAGCGGAGGAGAAAAGUAGCGAAAACUGAAGUCGCCAAUGGAAGCGGUGGUGGCGAUGGAGGCGAUACGGAGGGGACAGAGACAAAUGGGUUGACAAAGAUUAUUACCUCUUUCUUUUUUGUUGAGGAGCAAGAGAAGUCCGAUAAAUCCCAGGUAGAAGAUAAGAUGAUGUUCGAGGCUAACCAUAAGAAAGAACAUGGUGAUGUCUUUGAUACAUCCAACCCGAUUAAAAAGCGCAAGUCUCGAACAGCUAAGCCAGCUGCCUCGAUUCCUUCGGAUGCAGCUGCUGCAGUUGACUUUGGGUACGAUUUGAAUCUAGCUACCAGUAGCGGUGGAGUAGCGACGGAGAAAGGUGGCGAUGGCCCACAAAGGAGGCUAUGGGUCAAGAAUCGAUCACAAGAUUGGUGGGAUAAGUACAACAGUGCAGAUGUUUCAGAAGAUGAGUUUCGUAAAGCCUUCCAAAUGGGGAAAGAUACGUUUGAGAUGAUAUGCAAUGAGCUUACAGCUUCUGUUGCCAAAGAGAACACCAUGUUAAGAGACGCAGUUCCUGUAAGGCAAAGAGUUGCUGUCUGUAUAUGGAGAUUAGCAACCGGAGAAUCUUUAAGACUUGUUUCAAAAAGAUUCGGAUUAGGCAUCUCUACAUGUCACAAGCUUGUUCUUGAGGUUUGCUCUGCUAUAAAAGAUGUGUUGAUGCCAAAGUAUCUCCAAUGGCCAAAUGACGACUCCAUGAGAGUAAUCACCAACGAAUUUGAAUCACUUUCAGGUAUACCAAACGUGGUAGGAUCAAUGUACACAACUCAUAUACCAAUAAUCGCUCCAAAAGUUAACGUAGCUGCUUACUUUAAUAAGCGUCAUACAGAUAGAAAGCAAAAAACUUGUUAUUCUGUAACAGUUCAAGGAGUUGUGGACCCACGUGGGGUGUUCACAGAUGUGUGUAUCGGGUGGCCUGGAUCGAUGCCAGAUGAUCAAGUGUUGGAAAAAUCCGCACUUUAUCAAAGAGCAAAUGGAGGACUUUUAAAAGGUGUAUGGAUUGUGGGUGGAUCUGGAUACCCUUUAAUGGAUUGGGUCCUAGUACCCUACACACAACCACAUUUAACAUGGACUCAACAUGCUUUUAACGAGAAGAUUGGUGAUGUUCAAAAGGUAUCCAAGGAUGCUUUUGCAAGAUUGAAAGGUAGGUGGACAUGUUUACAGAAGAGAACAGAAAUGAAGCUUCAAGAUUUACCAGUGGUGCUUGGGGCGUGUUGUGUUUUGCAUAAUAUAUGUGAAAUGAGGAGGGAAGAGAUUGAACCCGAGUUGAUGAUUGAAGUUGUGGAUGAUGAAAUGGUUCCUGAUAUUGCAUUGAGGUCUGCAAUUGCAAUGAAGGCAAGAGACUCAAUGGCACAUAAUCUUUUGCACCAUAAUCAUGCUGGAACUUCAUUCUUGUCAUGA